GGGGUAAUGGGUUCAAACUGGAACACAGGAGGUUCCACUUAAAUUUGAGAAGAAACUUCUCAGUCAGGGUGCCAGAACACUGGCCCAGGCUGCCCAGGGAGGUUGUGGAGUCUCCUUCUGUGCAGACAUUCCAACCCGCCUGGACACCUUCCUGUGUAACCUCAUCUGGGUGUUCCUGCUCCAUGGGGGGAUUGCACUGGAUGAGCUUUCCAGGUCCCUUCCAAUCCCUGACAUUCUGGGAUUCUGUGAACGUCUUACAGUGAGGGCUUAUCUUCAGAUGCCCUGUGUAAUCUGUUAUGCGGUGAUAGUCAAGCAUGUCUAACUUAAAGCAAAUGCUAACAAAGUUUUGAUAGCUGAUUUAUUUAUGGGAAGAGAUGCAGACUCCAUUGGGGCGGGGGGAGCGCAGUCUGAGAGCUGUUUUCUUUAAUUGUGUGAUCUCCUUUGUAAGGUAAUUCCUGUUCGUAAAGUCUCUCAUGUCACUGGAUUACAAACUGCAAAAUAGCAAAGAAAUUCUGUAUUCCACUUAUUAACUUAGCGCAUUUUCCAAACAAACAAAAAGGAGACGUGGUUGUCAGACCAGAGUGUAUUUAUCUUUUUCACUCUGUCCAACCUUCAGAUUAAUUUUGUUGUUCUUUCUGAAAACCUUACACAGAUUGACAGGAAUGAUGUUGUUGUGAAGAAUUCUCACUGGCCCACACUCGCUGUGUCAAGUUCCUCAAGGAAACGUUAUAGCAGUCUGAGUUUUUACUGGGGUUUAGCAGUUAUUGAAAUAAGCCUCAUGGGUAUUUCAAUAUUUGUAGCUGAGAAAUUAGAUAAUGCCUGACCGUCAGAUAUUCACUAGCAAAUAUUUACUUAGCUUUUAUAAACUUUUUCCCCCGGACUAAGCAAGCUCAAUAUUUAUUUGGGUCACCAGUGCGUGUGAGCUGUUUAGAGUGAAACCCUCAGCUGCUCUUCUGAGCUUCCUGGGGUUGCUGUUAAGAGUUAAUUUUGUUGUUACACUUUCUAUCAGAGCUCUGCAAGAGUGAUAGACUAUGAUUAAUGCUUUAAGACUUCAAAGAGGCAGUAUUAUUAAUGCAAUGAUUGACAUAAAUUUACUCUAGUGAGAGUAUUGUAAUAGCUGAAAAUCUAUCAUCUUGAUGAUUAUUACUGCAAAAUGCUGUGGAAAUGGGCAGGCAGCUCUACAUCUAUUCUAACUUGUGUCGAGAUCCAGAUGCUCGCUUGAGUCUAGGCAAAUAUGAAUCUUGUUUUCUUUGGCAAUCCAUAAGAAACAAUUGGAUUGUUGAAUGGGAAAGACCUGGUGUUUCUGAAAGUGACCUGAUGCAUACAAAUUUUCUUCAAUUAUCUCAUGCGUCACCUUUAUUUAGAACCAAUUCCAAUUCAAACUUCCUUAAUUUGUUGGUAAAAUUGGAAUCGUAAUGUCUGGCUAUGAAGCUCUGGUGCAAAGCAGCUCAUCUGCACUGGUAUCAGGCUGUUAAACACCUUUGCCAUGGCGUCAUGCUCUGAAAAGGAAACGGUGGUAUCGCUGCCAAGUGUUAGAGUUGUCUUGGGCCUUUACCAAGGAGUAGGUCAUACUAAGUUUCAGCAAAAAAAGAAGAGACUUCCUGCAGAGUGUUGUAUUUCAAGUGACAGGUAAAGAGCAAAGUGUCCAGCGUUUCCGAUCUUACGGGCCCUUGUCAGGGAUCGCAGAAGCAAAGUGGACUUUGUGCUGAACCUUCGCUCGCAGCUCCCAAAUCCUUCACUGUUGAGCGUCAGCCGCCACUCGCACACCAGAGCGCUGUGUUUUCUGGCUGUUUGCCUGCAAAUUAAAAUGUCUGUGUUGCUUUUCAGUAACAUUUUAUAUUUGUAUUCUGUUCUAAUUGACAUUUUAUGCUAUGAAAAUGUGUGCAAAAAACUUCUACAACUUUCAAGUGUAAUUUGAUCUAAACAGGUUAAUCUCAAAUGUAGCAGUUAACUGAGUGGAAAACAAAUACAUUUGUGGUCUGCCUGGGUUUUGGAUCUAACUCUCUCAAACGUUUAGUGAUCCAAAUGACAAAUAUUGGGGUUAUUUACUACAGGUAAAGGCAGACUGAUCUAAUAGUGAUUAUUUUAAACUUUGUGGUACAAGUAGUCAUGGGAGGUCUCCCAUUGGCAUUAUCUUGCAAACGAUGCUGUCAAAAUGCAUGUAAUUUCUUAAUUAUCUGAGUGUAGCUUAAUUUCAGGGUUAGAAAAACAUGUCAGGGAGAGUUAAAGUGAAUGUAGAAGCAACAUUUUCUGGACUCAAGUAAAAGCUCAUUUGUUAAAGUUGAGAUUUAAAUUUUGACUGCUCUGUAUUUAAAUACAAAAUGUGGAUGCUCUAUUUUUAACUGAAUUGUACAUAAACACUGACUAAAUAUAGCCACACCAGUUAUUUCUGGAAGAUGUGUAUGCCAGCUGCCAUUUCUUCUGCUGCUUCUUUUGUUGUAAUACUGGGCAAAAUAAAAGCUCGUGGAACAUAACUACAGAGUAUUUAUUACAUUUUCUGCAGUGGGUUGGCUGUGCCCAUGGUAGCUGUGGUUUGCUAUUAAGUAACUUGCUAGAAAUUAGUAGCGAAUGGUGGGAGGUUGUGUUAUUAGGGUGGGUAGGAGGUAGAAAAUCACAACUACAUUGAGCGAUUGAGAAAACCUAAUGCAAGUCCGGUUGUGUGUUGUGUACUCUGUAUCUGCUAUUUUAGUUUUAGAAAUAUCGGUGUAAAGGCAGAAAUAACCUGUUAAAAUCUUAAUAAGAUAAAAGCUCUGUGUUUAUUUACACUUAAUUGUUUUAUCACAGUUCUCGUGUGGGUUAAAAUUGCAUAGAAUUAAACCCUGUGGGUGUUUAUUUGCCGUACUUUGUAAUUAUUAGGUAAUAUUCCGUACUACUUGAAGUCGCAAUGGAUGAGUAGGUCUCAUAGUCUAUCAACUUAAGACUUCCCAUGGUCUAUACUCAGGUUAGAAGGCACAACAUAUUAAGGAUUUGAAUGAGAUACUGCAAAUGUGGUUGGCAUACUAUUACAAACAGAUAAUAUAAACUACUUUUGGACCCUCUUUUUGUUACGUAGUUUAAUUUCCAAAACCUGAGGAGUAUGAAAAAGACUGGAGACAAUUCUUAUUUCAAUUUUUGGAGACUGAUAUAACAAGAAGAUACAGUAACAUGAUCUUCAGUGCUAUCAUUAAAGUGGAGUCUUUGCCAAACAUUUGCAGAAGAUGGUGUUUUAAAUAGCCCAGCUCAAAAUUUUCUUACACUUUCCAUGGCAACAAGUUCAUCUGUUAUGCAAAUGUCAUGUUAACAGUCUCUGUAAAUGCAUUGCUCUGUUUCUUUUCUGCAAAGCGGGUAUUCAGUGCUUGGCACAAACAUAUUUUAAUACACAAAUACAGUUAGGUGUAUGUGCAUCUGUCUUCAGGUGUACUGAAAUAACUUCCCAAGGUGAGACCUUAUUGCAACAUUUAUAGUCUGGUUGGAAAACGCAGGGAUUAAAAUGCUACUAUUUGUAUGUGACGUGAUGGUUAAUGUGUAGCAAUAUGUUUAUACAAAGGGCAGUUUGAUAUUAAUAGAAUUACUGCGAAGUUUGUCUUUCAUGCUUAUUCUGUUCCUCUUUCUCCUGCUUCUACCGUGUAAGCUGGAAAGUGUCUUUUUAAGGAAGAAGAGAUGCAAAUUGUGCUGAAAAAAAUUACGGAAGAACCUUUGCUCCCUGAAUGAGCUUUUAUUCUUCAUGUCAAGCAGCCGUUUAUCUCUGCUGCUGCUGUUUGUGGUCUCCACACAGCAGUAGUGCUGGUCACUGAGUUGUGAGGUACAGCAAGGGAAAGUAUUAUCUGAAACAACGGGGCGUGCAGUUUCUCUUCAGAGAGUUUGCUUCUGGAAUUUUGGCUUUGGAAAGAUCCCUCCUGGGUCCCUUCAGCAUCGCUUGGCACAGACCAAGUGGAGGAUCCAGCUGGCAGUAGCAGCCAUGUAGGACCCUUCAGGAACCUGAUGGAAAGAAAAAGACUCAGGAAGGUAAAAACAAGGGAAAGAAGGCAGUGGAUACAAACCAGAAAAAGGCUGUUUUGGACUCUCCUUCUGCAGAUAUGAGGGAUUCUAAAGAGGGUCAUAAGGAGGAAGAUGAAACACCUUCUGUUUCUGCUGUGCUGUCCCUGGAGCAAACAGCUGUGAUUCAGGAAAUGGUAAAUCAAGAGGUUCUUCCAAAGCUGAUGGUCCCCAGUCCCACCAGUGAACCACAAAUGGUGACAGAAGACAAACAAGGAGAAGCAAUAAACUGUGCUUCAGAUGACUUAGAUGAUGAUGAAGAGGAGGAUGAUGAAGAAGAGGAAGAUGAAGAGGAGAUAGAAGAUAUCAAUAUGCCUAAAGAACAUGCUGAAAUGCCUUUGAUAUGUGAAGAAAAGUUAGACUCUCUGGAAGAACAAAAGAGUACGUCAGAAGAAUCUCCAGAAAGCUCUCCAAAGAAAAAGCUUGUUGUGAAAGUUCCAAAAGCGAGAGGUGAAUCAAAUGGUGAUGUUCAGGAAAUGUUCAUGUUUCCCUGUCAGCAUUGUGAGAGGAAGUUUACAACAAAGCAAGGACUUGAGCGCCACAUGCACAUCCACAUCUCCACUUUCAACCAUGCCUUCAAGUGUCGAUACUGCGGGAAAGCCUUUGGUACUCAAAUUAACAGGCGAAGACAUGAGCGACGCCACGAGGCAGGGCCAAAAAGGAAACCGUUCCUAACACUGACGUCAUCACAACACUUGGAUAAUGUUGCUGAUAACCAAGUGAUUGUGGAUGAUGGUCUGAAAGAUGAUCUGAAUGUUUCCAGUCUUGUGCAAGACUCUGUUGCCUUGGAUUCUGAGAAAGUUUCCCAAGAAAUGUCAAACUCUGCUUUUGCUGAGGAAAAUAAGGAACCCAAAGAAUUGCACCCGUGCAAAUACUGCAAAAAGGUUUUUGGAACUCACACCAACAUGCGGAGGCACCAGCGUAGGGUUCACGAGCGUCAUCUUAUUCCCAAAGGUGUCAGAAGAAAAGGAUUCUUCACUGAAGAGCCACCGCUUCAGACUGAGCAGGCCCCUCCAGUCCAGAGCGUGUACAUAGCAAGUACAGAAAUUGAAGAGGAAGGCGAAGUAGACGAUGUCUAUAUCAUGGAUAUUUCCAGCAAUAUCUCUGAAAAUUUAAAUUAUUAUAUUGAUGGUAAAAUUCAGUCCAACAGCAGCACUAGCAAUUGCGAUGUGAUUCAGAUGGAGUCCAACUCUGCAGACUUGUAUGGCCUAAAUUGUAUAAUCAGUCCAGUUACGGUGGAAAUCUCCCCGAAUUUAAAGGUGACACAAACACAUGUGAAUGAACCUCCCAAGGAACCCUCCAGCAGUGGGAGCAAUGAAUCCAAAAAGAGAAGAACUGCCAGCCCUCCUCUCAUACCAAAAAUAAAAACUGAAGUAGACCCAGAACCCGUAACUCCUACUAGUUCUUUAAAUCUUCCUCUUAGCAUUUCAACAGAAAGCCUACCUUUUCAUAAAGAAAAAGGUGUUUAUUUGUCAUCAAAAUUAAAACAGCUUCUUCAGACACAGGACAGUAAGAAGAUGACUCCAAGUGAAAUCCCUAAACUAGGACCUUCUGUUACAUCAUCCCCUAUUUUGCCUCCAGUAUCCAGUAGGUUUAAAAGAAGGACCAGCUCCCCUCCCAGCUCUCCCCAGCACAGUCCAGUUCUUCGAGACUUUGUCAAAUCAGGUGAGGGAAAAACUGUGUGGAACGAUAAUAUUCGGAGUUCAAAAAUGCCAAAGUUAGAAAGCCACAGCAACUCACCCGCUUGGAACUUGACUGGAAGGGAGGAAAAAGAGACUUUGAGCACUCUGUGCUUUGAAGACUAUAAAAUAUCAAAAGACUGGACAGCAGCUCCGACUUUUGGCAACGUGUGCAACCAGCAGCCGCUGGAUUUAUCUAGUGGCAUGAAACAGAGGUCCGAUGUCAAAAAUAAGAAUCAGGUUCCCUGGGAAUCUGUUUUAGAUUUAAGCGUACAUAAGAAGCCUUGCAGUGAUGCCGAAAUUAGGGAAUACAAAGAAAAUUCCACACAACCAACCUGUAGUGGUGUUAAAAAGAAGAAACCAACCACUUGCAUGUUACAGAAGGUUCUGCUGAAUGAGUACAACGGAACGGACGCGGCCGUGGACAGCGCGCUUGGUGUGAGCAGGAGCGCGAGCCCAAGCAAACCCCUGGAGACUCAGGCUGACCCUGACGUGGAUCCUGCUCUCUCUGCAUCUUCUCUUGACACUCAGCCCCUCAGUUCCUCAGUUUCCCCUGUGCCGCAGGUGGCUGCUGUGCCUUCCGUGUGCCAGCUGCCUCCUUUGUUAACGCCAACCAACCCUCCUUCCCCUCCGCCCUGCCCACCUGUCCUAACGGUUGCUACAUCGCCUCCUUCCCUUCUUCCAACAAUGCCGUUACCAAUUCCAGAUGUCUCUGCCAGUGCCACUAACACUUCUUCUUGCCCAUCUCCUCUUUCUAACACUACUACCCAGUCCCCGCUGCCAGUUCUUUCGCCCACGGUUUCCCCUUCUCCAUCUCCCGUUCCUUCUGUUGAACCUCUUAUUUCUGCUGCUUCACCUGGUCCUCCCACACUCUCUUCCUCAUCUUCAUCCUCCUCUUCCUCCUCUUUCUCCUCCUCUUCAUCUUCAUCAUCUCCGUCUCCACCUCCUCUGUCUGUAGUUUCUUCUGUCGUUUCCUCUGCUGAUAAUCUGGAAAAUACUCUGCCGAUAAUAAAACAGGAAGAAGCUGAAAAUGAGCAACAGAAAGCAAGAGAAGAUCCUCAUACUUCAAGUGAAUCAGUAGUGCAGGAAACAUUCAAUAAAAGCUUUGUGUGCAAUGUCUGUGAAUCACCUUUUCUUUCUAUUAAAGACCUAACGAAGCAUUUAUCCAUUCAUGCUGAAGAAUGGCCCUUCAAAUGUGAAUUCUGUGUACAGCUUUUUAGGGAUAAAACGGACUUGUCGGAACAUCGCUUUCUGCUUCACGGAGUAGGAAACAUCUUUGUUUGCUCCAUCUGUAAAAAGGAAUUUGCUUUUUUGUGCAAUUUGCAACAGCAUCAGCGGGAUCUCCAUCCAGACAAGGAGUGCACACAUCAUCAGUUUGAAAGUGGGACUUUGAGACCCCAGAAUUUUACGGACCCCAGUAAGGCCAAUGUGGAGCACAUGCAGAGCCUGCCCAAAGAUUCUUUGGAACCUUCUAAAGAGGAGGACGAUGAAGAUCUGAAUGAUUCCUCUGAAGAGCUUUAUACUACUAUAAAAAUAAUGGCAUCUGGAGUCAAAUCGAAAGAUCCAGAUGUUCGUAUGGGCCUCAAUCAACACUACCCAAGCUUUAAACCCCCUCCAUUUCAAUAUCACCACCGGAAUCCUAUGGGUAUUGGAGUUACUGCAACAAACUUCACAACCCACAAUAUUCCACAGACUUUUACUACUGCCAUUCGAUGCACAAAAUGCGGUAAGAGUGUUGAUAACAUGCCUGAGUUACACAAACACAUACUGGCCUGUGCAUCUGCCAGUGACAAAAAGAGAUACACACCUAAAAAGAAUCCAGUACCACUGAAACAAACGGUGCAGCCAAAGAAUGGCAUGGUUGUCAUAGCCGGCCCUGGAAAGAACGCCUUCAGGCGAAUGGGUCAGCCCAAAAGACUUAAUUUCAAUGUUGAGAUUAGCAAAAUGUCUUCAAAUAAACUGAAAAUAAGUGCAUUGAAAAAGAAGAACCAGCUUGUCCAGAAGGCUAUCUUGCAAAAAAAGAAAUCUGCCCAGCAGAAGGCAGAGCUGAAAAAUAAUCCGUCCGAGUCAGACUCUCACAUCUGCCCCUACUGUAAUAGAGAGUUUACUUAUAUCGGGAGUUUGAAUAAGCAUGCGUCAUACAGCUGUCCCAAAAAACCCAUCUCUCCCUCCUCUAAAAAGAACUCAAAAAAAAGUGCAAGUUCUCCUUCACCUGCAAGCAGCGAAAAAGGCAACAGCCUGCGCAGGAGAACGGCGGAUGCAGAAAUCAAAAUGCAGAGCACGCAGCCCCACUUGGGCAAGACCAGAGCGCGGACCUCGGGACCCGCACAGCUCCAGCUGCCCUCCGCAUCCUUCAAAUCCAAACAAAACGUGAAAUUCGUGUCUUCGAUUCGCUCUAAAAAGCCAAAUUCCUCUUCGUCGUUGAGGAACUCUAGUCCUGUGAGAGUGUCCAGAAUGUCCCACGUUGAUGGGAAAAAAACUAAGGUGGUCGCUAAGAACAAUUCCUCUGGAAUCUCAAGCAAAGUGUCCCGGAAAUUGCACGUCAGAAUACAAAGGAAUAAUAAAGCGGUUUUGCCGAGUAAAUCUGCUGUGGCGAGUAAGAAAAAGGCAGACAGGUUCGCUGUCAAGUCUCACGAGAGGAUCGGGGGGCCGAUCACACGGAGCCUGCAGCAGGCAGCAAACGCAGAGGCGGCGGAAAACAAAAGAGACGAAAGUACAAAGCAAGAGCUAAAAGAUUUCAGUUACAGGCUCCGCAUGGCCUCUAGAUGUCCCUCCUCCUCCUCGCAUAACACCAGCGCCAGGCAGUGUAAGAAACCCAACUGCGCAGCAUCCCAGUUCUUCAAGGAAUAGACUCUUCCACAUGGCCGAGCGAACCAGGUACUAGGAACUUUUGACUGGAAAAGACGAGGUGAAGUGAUCCUCAAGCAUUAUCCUCUCCUGCUUUGUCUCGAAUGAGGUGAGAGCGGUUCCUCCGUAGACGCCAGGGACAGAGGUUUCUUCUGCUGGAAGCAACGGUAUCAUCUUGUCCUCCCUUCCAGAGGGACAGACGUGGAGCAGGGCUCCUGCCUUCUCCAGGAGCGAUGAGCUGGGGAUGCUGGUGAGAGGGUGAUCUGGAGGUCUCAUGGAGUCCACGCAUCAACAGCCAGUGGAAUAGUGUGGAGAAAUGUUGAGACAAUUGCAGGCAGAUUAACCAUGUCCAGAGGGUUGAUGGGUCUGGAUGAGUCUCCUCUUCCUGGUAGAACACAGAGGGGUUUAACAUACUAUGCAAUUAAAUUCUGAAAAGACUGUUACAUCAUUUUAGUUUCUACUUUACAUCCUAACGGGUAAAGAACUGGGCAUCCCGCAAAAAUCCACUGAAGGGAGCAGUAGGUUUGGCUGAGGUUUCCAGAGUCUGUGGGUACCCCAGUCUCUUCACUUCGUACCAUUAGCUUUAACGGGCACGAUGCCAUUGCUUUCCAAGGGUGUCAGGACCCAAGGGUUUUUUGAAGACCACCUGCUUCAUCAUCUCCAUGAAAAAGCCCAGUUCCCUAAAGGGACCAGCAUCCAUUCCUCAAAAGCUGCCAUGGCGUUUGCUGCCAGUCUGGUACUCUUGUUACGGUCAGGUUUGAUUUCUUUAGCGAGAGGAUAAAACAUGCAUGUCGCUGUGCAGUAUCAAGCAACGCUUUCCUUAAAUACAAACCUUGUGUUUGCGACCCUCGAUACCAGCCUGCCUGGUUUCCACGGUCCUGUGGACAGGACAUCAUGAAGGCAGCGGUGAAGGCAGCCAGCGAAGACAAGUUGAAGAAACAGGUUGGUAAAAUGCAGUGCAGAAAGGUCUCUUACCUCUUGGCCCAGAACGGUGACAAUCACACAUGGGUGCAUCACCUGGCAGGGUGCUCCUUGGGGCCCCGCAGAUUUCACCUCCAAGAUCAAGGCUUCCUUCUGGCAAGGCAAGUUUUUGCAGGAUUCCUUCUAAUUUACCGUCUGGGUUUGGGUUUUUUCAAAGAGGCCACGGGGGUGGAUUGCCCUGUUUCCCCUUUAUUUCAGCCCAUUAAUUCCUCUCCUUGUCUUGCACUCCACACAGGUCAGCAGACAUCUGUGUAUGCACACAUUAGUUGAGAAAGAAACAAGUGCCCAGUUGAUACUGCUUCCCACCACCCUGGAAAAGUCAAAAAAAGGAUCGGUUUUAUAUAUAUAUCUAUAUAUAUGACAUAUAUAUUAAUAUAUAUAUAUGUAUGAAAUUGCUGAAAACAGUUGAUUUUUUUAUAGUUUUGAUGAAAAUCAAAUUGUUCAAAAUGAAUACAGAAGCUUUAAAUAAAAACAUAGGUAUUGUUCACCGUCAAAAUGUUUUAGCUACAUGUCGUUUGAGUUAGAAAGAGAAGGUCUUCAGGAUCUCGUAUUAUCUAGCGACAGAUUUUUCGGAUAAACCCCUAUUGGAGGCUUUCUAAGUGCAAUUGUGGUUUGGGCAAAGGCUGAGAUGCCGAGGACUGGAUGAGCCAUAACAAACGACGUGUCCUCCUCAGUUGGAAGCGAUGCUUCCAGUUCAAGACGGCGAGACCGUCGAGGUGGAGGUUUGUGGUUUGAGCUUGUGCCGUUGCCGGCUGCUCCACCAAGAGCGAGGAGUCUCCAUUUGUCCCCCCUCCAGCUUUUGGCUAGCAAUAACUUCCUCUUGAAAUACGUGAUGUACUAAUUCCAGGUGAAGGCUGAAAUUUUCCGUAACAGGCUUGGAAGACUGAGAUUCUCGUGAUUCACUAAAACUAGUCGGGAGUGAGUAUCCAAAUCUGUUGGGCAGCUUGGUAAAUUGUGGUCAAAAAGCACAGAAAUGAAGUUUCCUGGCCUUACGUGUAUCUCGAAGGAGCCGGCGGGCACACACAGCUCUCCAAUCACUUCGGCUCGCUUUAGUUUUGUGCGUUAUCUUCUUAUGUUCUCUCCACGUUUUCUCCUCCUUCUCAUCAUCUAGCAUCAGUAAGGCAAACCCUGUUCUUUCAAACAGGAAUGAUCUUCCUGCGUGUCUGGACAUCAUUUUCAAGGUGAAUAUACACCGCGAAUAAAAACCAGCCCAAAUAUACUCUGUCUUAAGGGACCAGUAUGAUAUGACAUGCCCUUGAUUUUCCCAGCGCAGCUUUGUUAGGCAUUCCCUCAAAAAUGACACUUACUGUAUAAAUUUGCACAGGUCACGUGAGGAUUGUUGCUGAGGAAGAGUUUUCUUGCCAUGCAGCCCCAAUCCUGCUCUAAACAACCGGUUCUUCUGAGACCCACUCGACUUCCAGCGACAGUGAGUUAAAUCACAGAGGUUCUGGCACGGAUGCUGCUGAGUUUAGUGCCUUUAAGGCAUACCAAUGAGGUUAGUAAGGUCACUUUUGUGCAAUUUAUUUUCGCUGCUCUGUUUUAGAGCGGUAUUAACUAUAAUAACUGACAAACUCAAGGAGAGAAGUGUGUAAAUUGUUGUGAUAGACGAACAUUUUUUUCCCAGAGAAACUCUGGUUUAUCACACAAGCCUGUAAAUAUGUAUUUACAAUUUUAAAAGCACGUCUUUAUGUCCCUGGUUGUAAAUGCUCCGUUUUUAAAGUUUUAUACCAUACUCAAGCCAAGAGACCACAGCACACAGCUUUAUAUUGUACUGGUCUGUUUGAAGGAUCCCUUAUGGUUCAAGCUGUGGCAGAAGAAUAUCCACACCACCAACAAGAAAUAACCCAUGGUUGCAUCAUUUUCCCUCAAAUAACAAGUGUUUGGAAAGGUGGGGGAGUUGAUUUUUCUUGCAGAAAAAAAUCAGUUCAAAAUGGUGUCAUUUCUCUGGAACAAUGAGGAUAUUUUAUUCGCACUCAAUUCAGGAACGUAUGCCAUUUUUUUUUUGUUCCAAGGCAGAAUUUCACAGUUUUGCAGCAAAUUUUUAACCUCCCCCGUGCCUGCUGAUGAAACGUGAAGUUUUGCCCUUGACUAAUGUCACAAGUUCUUGUGAAAAUUCGAGGAGAGGGUGGGGAAGAAGCUCAGGUUUUGCAUGUAGGAUGUUGCGAGGCUGACACCGGUAGCUCUGCAGUGCUCUCCUGAUGCUGCCGACGCCGAGAAGCUCAUUAAAAAUAACCUGUGUGCAGAUGUGGUGUUACCUGGUUGGCGCUCGGGUUCUGAACAUCACUCUGGAAAGCUCUGUUGUCCGUCCGCCAUGUAAAGAAAAAGAACAAUAAAGUAAUGUGACAAAGCGC